GAAGCGCGAGGCUCGCGCCCACUGCGCGAACCGUUCGGGAGGGGGGAGCGCGGCAGCUGAGGCUCGCCGGGCCGCGCGCCCCGCCCCUCGGAGGCCCGCCCUCCAGCUCGCCCCCACAGCCCGCUGUGCCUGCGGGUACUGAGCGCUCCGGCAGCCGGCGGUGACCUGGACCCAGCCGCCUCCCCGGCCCGCGCCCCUACUGGAGGGAAGAGCCGCCUUGGGGAGGAGGGAAAGGGACGUGGGGGAGGCCACGGCAGCUCCUGUUAGCAGCAUGAUUCAAGAGACCGAGGAGUAACUUAAUAGCUGUGUGCAAAUUUCCAAGAGCUUUUAUACCAAGACAGUACAAGAUGAGGUGUCACAGAAGAAAUGUCAAGUUGGCAGCUUUUCCUCCCAUGAGGUUUAGACAAUAAUGGAGGUUAACCUCCAUUUCAGCUAAUCAUGGGAGAGAUUAAAGUCUCUCCUGAUUAUAACUGGUUUAGAAGUACAGUUCCCCUUAAAAAGAUUAUCGUGGAUGAUGAUGAUAGUAAAAUAUGGUCGCUGUAUGAUGCAGGCCCCAGAAAUAUCAGGUGUCCUCUGAUAUUUCUUCCCCCUGUCAGCGGAACUGCAGAUGUAUUUUUCCGGCAGAUUUUGGCUUUGACUGGAUGGGGUUACCGGGUUAUAGCUUUGCAGUAUCCAGUUUAUUGGGACCAUCUUGAAUUCUGUGAUGGAUUUAGAAAACUUUUAGAUCAUUUACAACUGGAUAAAGUUCACCUGUUUGGGGCUUCUUUGGGAGGCUUUUUGGCCCAGAAAUUUGCUGAAUACACACACACAUCUCCCAGAGUCCAUUCCCUCAUCCUCUGCAAUUCUUUCAGUGACACCUCCAUCUUCAACCAAACUUGGACUGCAAACAGGUCCUUGUUUUACAGCUUUUGGCUGAUGCCAUCAUUUAUGCUCAAAAAAAUAGUUCUUGGAAACUUUUCAUCUGGCCCAGUGGACCCUUUGAUGGCUGAUGCUAUUGAUUUCAUGGUGGACAGGCUGGAAAGUUUGGGUCAGAGUGAACUGGCUUCAAGACUGACCCUGAAUUGUCAAAAUUCUUAUGUGGAACCUCAUAAAAUUCGGGACAUCCCUGUAACCAUUAUGGAUGUAUUUGACCAGAGUGCACUUUCAACCGAAGCUAAAGAAGAAAUGUACAAACUGUAUCCUAAUGCCCGGAGGGCUCACCUUAAAACAGGAGGCAAUUUCCCAUACCUGUGCAGAAGUGCAGAGGUGAAUCUUUAUGUACAGAUACAUUUGCUGCAAUUCCAUGGAACCAAAUACGCGGCCAUUGAUCCGUCGAUGGUCAGUGCUGAGGAACUUGAGGUGCAGAAAGGCAGCCUCAGCGUCAGUCAGGAGGAGCAAUAGUUGUGGUGUUCGUUGUUAAUGAUGCGUGAUCCAGAGAGUUCUUGUACAAUCAUGGCGUCAGUGCCCGCCCGGCGGCCUCUCCAUUCGGCUGUCAGGUUCACCGGUUAUCACUGUGUUUGGAAGUAGGACUGAUUGUCGUCUUUGUGACAGGCGGCAGCUCUUCUAAGCCAGUGUAACUGUUCCCUCUUCGGUUUUUUUAGCUUUUGAAUUUGAGGAAGUACUUUUGAAGACUCCCAUUUUAAGAAUUGUGAAAAUUUUGCUACCAAAAGUCAUCACCACUGUGUUCUUAAGCGAAUAUUAAUUUCUGAAGUUUGGGAUUUUGUGAGGGUUUGUUUCCUUUCUUUUCUUUCCUCCUUUCUUUUUAUGUUAUUUGCUGUAAAUGCUGCACAUCCAGAUUGUGUAUCAGAAGGACAUCAGUUAUUUUUAUGAAUUCUUGGUUAUUGCCGUUAUCAAGUGCCAAGCUGUCACCCUACUGUGUGCUCCCUGCAACAUCAACUACUUCUACUUUCCAGUUAUACAGAAUCAUUUUCAGUUUUAUCUGUUGUCUUUCUAGCCAUUACAGUCAUUUGGAAUAAAAACUCACUUUCAGCGAA